AUGGCCAACACCACACUGUUGCGGGGACAAUGCCCGCCGCCUUUCUAUGAUGUGUCGAAAUUUGGAUUCGACGGCUUUCUUGCUGGAAGGUUUUGUGCGCCAGUCACACCAGGCAGUGAAAUUAUCUGCUGCUUGCCCUGUCCUCUGACAGACUUCCUGUACCCAGAAAGUUUCAAUACCGCCUAUCGCGCAGCUGAAGCGCUCAAUGUGGCUGGUCUCAUCUGUCUGGUCAUCCUGCUCAUCACUUACUUGGUCUUGCCGGCCGAAAAGACUCGUCGACAUUAUCUCAGCUAUUGUCUCAUCAUAGCCGCAAUUCUCAUGGCACUUGGCUUCGUAAUACCCUUUGGUGCUCAACCAGAGCAGUGCUACGAUGAGAUCACCCCAAACGAUAUGUACUCAAGUCUGACGUGUGCUUUCUCCGGUGCUUUCCUCAUCUCUGGAGGUAUGUCGAUGGCAGUUUGGAUCUUCAUUCGCGCUCUCUCGAUGCAUCUUCAGAUCUGCUGGGACGUCACGCCGGGACAGAAGUUCUUCUACUGGGCGCAAGGUCUGGGUUGGUCAGUCGCGGCCACUUUCUUCACCAUCACUAUCACCAUCACUGGAGUCUCGUUCAGAUUCGGUGACGUCUGCCACGUCAAUGCCGAGCACUCAAUGAAGGACUUUUGGGGUCCCUUGUUGGCCAUUGCAGGUGCAGCUAUGGUUAUUCAGGUCGCAACAUUCGUAUACUGUAUCAAGGUGUACCUUCAGAACAUGUUCAGCGACGACAAGACCGAAACACAAAGCAGCGCUGGUCUCCCCUCUUACACGACCAGCAUACGGAACCGAUCUGCACGAGCUGUUUACCGGCGUGUUCGCAAAGUGCUAUACCUGCAGUGGCGUGGCAUAACGAUCGUGGUCUUCAUCCUCGUGGACGUCAUCUUCUUCUCUAUCGUUUUCAUCUGGCUGAACUCCGUAACAUCGCACGCUACUGAGGACCUCGACAAAUUCCUUCCGUAUGUCUUUUGUCUGGUAACACACGCCGACGAAGGCCCAGAGCCAUGUUAUGCACUCGGCCAAUCUCUCGCUGUCGACCAAUCUACAGUGACAGCAAUCUUGAUGAUGCUGUCCAUUGCCGGUCUUCAAGUGUUCUUCCUGCUUAGCCGAUGGAGCAUGGUGGUCGGCUGGCGAGAUUUGAUUAGAAGCAAGUUCAGUAAGAACCGCGAAUUCGUAUCCUUGGACGCCAGGAAUCCCCAGGAAGAUGUACGCCAUUUCGAAAUGAAGAACUUCGAGCCGAAAUCGACAGCAGAUGCAUACUAUGGUACUCCUGGACUUGCUAGCUACGCUAUGGGAAACGAGCGAUCGGACACCCCGGAUCAUUUCCACAAAGAGACUCAGCGCGACUAUAAGAGCCCGACACUCAGCUUUUCGACUCCAAGACCCCAAUCACGGGCGGCUACCCAUGUCGACUGGGAUCCUAGAUCAUCCAUGGCAAGAGGAGGACUCGGACUGCAUCCUCCAGACUACGAAUCUAAGAUCUGA